UGUUUGUUUUUUGUUUUGUUUUUUUUCCUCCACCAGCAGUCCUACAAUAAGGCGAUACUUUCUAGUAUCCAAUUAGUGCCUUGAUUAGGGGUGACCUAACUGAGAUGGAUGCAUACAUUCUGCUACCUCCAUCUGACUUAAUUAAAGUGCGCUCAGUGUUGCGCGGCGUGCGUAAUUUCCAGCUACGACGCCAAAGAGAAGGACAGAGAGAAGGAAGGAAGGAAGGAAGGAAGAAAGGAAAAAAAUCGCCUCUGCUCAUCCACCGGAGCUGUUUUCUACGCUUGUCUGUAGGAAUUAGGCGUCUUUCCCCACCGCAUAUUGUUUUUUCUCCCCCCGCAUUUGUGGUGGGAGCUGGUAACGUGGGUUAACUCCAGCUCAAGUCUCCGUAAAAGCGCAGAGAACUGAUGACGUUGGGCUGGAUGACCAAUCGGGAGGCGCUGCCCUUUGGAGACAAACCAUUUUACUUGUAGUGUCUGCAUCAAGUCUGUGAGCGAGGGCUCAAUUUUAACAGAAUCCACCUUAAAAUCUCUCCCUUAACUUAUGUCUACCUUCCGCCACUUUGAGUGAGAAUACCGCAGGACAAGAGAGGAGGGCGGAUGAGGGGGGGGGAUAAAGACGGCAUCGGGAAAUUUGGGGUGUUAAUAGGAGAAAGGGGGGAGGAAGAGACAACAGCACAGCGAGAGAGCGAAAAAGCGAUUUGGUCUUGAGAGAGGAGGGGUGGGGGGGGGGGGUGAGUGCUCUCAAGGCAGAAAAUUCGAUGAUGACCAUGACAACGAUGGCUGACGGUCUGGAGGCUCAGGACUCGUCCAAGUCCGCGUUCAUGGAGUUUGGGCAGCAGUCGCACUCGCAGCAGAGCUCCCCGUCGAUGGCCGGCGGCCACUACCCGCUGCACUGCCUCCACUCCGGAUCGCACUCUCACCACCAGCACGACAGCACCGCGUACCCCGGGACCAACACCUACAACCGGUCGCUACCUUACCCAUACGUGAGCCAUUCGCACCACAGCCCGUACCUGCCGUCCUAUCACAACAACGCGGGAGGACAGACGCGGUUAGACGGCGCAGAGCAGCAGAAGACAACAGUGAUUGAAAACGGGGAGAUUCGAUUUAACGGGAAGGGGAAGAAGAUACGCAAGCCGCGGACGAUCUACUCCAGCUUGCAGCUCCAAGCACUAAACCACCGAUUCCAGCAAACCCAGUACCUCGCUUUGCCUGAGCGCGCCGAGCUGGCGGCCUCGCUGGGACUGACGCAAACGCAGGUAAAGAUCUGGUUCCAAAACAAGAGGUCGAAGUUCAAGAAGCUGCUGAAGCAAGGCAGCAACCCGCACGAGAGCGACCCCAUCCCGGGUUCCAUGUCCUUAUCCCCGCGCUCCCCAACCAUCCCUCCGAUCUGGGACGUUUCGGCCUCUUCCAAAGGAGUGAACAUGCCGGCCAACAGCUACAUGCCCGGCUACUCUCACUGGUACUCGUCUCCACAUCAAGAUUCGAUGCAGAGAUAGACUGGCGAGGGCCAAACGGAGG